UCCCCUAACUAAGCGUCUAGUCAAACAGUUGCGCCGUUUCUGCGUUUCAGGCCCGUGUUGAAACCUGAAGUUUUGCAAAGAUAUUUUCUCAGAUAUUCAAAUCGAAAAGAAAAGUUACUCGUAUAUAACGGUGUGAAAUCAUUCUUAACGAUGGAUGAUCAGACGGGUAUAAGCUCCACGACACCUUCAUAUGGCUUUCAGCAUGAAGAAGAAGAAGAAGAAGAAGAAUACCGAGCAGACAAACACAAGAACUCGUUGAUGGAUGAAGCAGAGGAUUUAUUGGCAAGAGAGGCAGAUGCUAAAGCGCCAGACGACGAUGAUAUCUUAGAUCUGGCUGGAGGAGCGAAAGAUGCGCUGGAGAGGCACAGGUCCACAUUGCCACGUACCGAAGAGCCUCAGCUGGACGUAACAGAACCAGAACAAGAACCAUCAUCCACCUCUAAACCAGAGCCAGAAGCUGUCAAACCAGCACCGAGCAGUGCGUUUGGAGACGCAACAACAAAAACGACGAAAUCAGAAGAAAAAGAUGAGAAAACUAGAGUCACGCCAUCCCAAUCUAACUCUUGUUGUUCAUUGGUGGACCUGUUGUAUUGGCGAGAUCUGCAGAGGACGGGGGUGGUGUUUGGAGCCAGUCUGUUCCUGCUGCUGUCCCUCAGCGUGUGCAGUAUUAUCAGCGUGAUCUCCUACGUGGCCCUUGCCCUGCUGUCUGUCACCAUCUCCUUCAGGAUAUACAAAGGCAUUUUACAGGCUGUUCAGAAGUCAGAGGAUGGCCACCCCUUCAAGAUGUAUCUGGAUCAAGAUAUCGGGAUCUCUUCGGAGUUGGUUCAUAAGUACAGUGACACGACUCUGGUGCACAUCAACUGUGUGAUUAAGGAGCUGCGACGACUCUUCCUGGUGGAGGAUCUGGUGGACUCGCUCAAGUUUGCAGUUCUCAUGUGGAUCCUGACCUAUGUUGGUGCCUUGUUCAAUGGUCUGACCCUUCUUAUUUUGGGUCUCAUAGGUGCUUUCAGUUGGCCAGUGAUCUAUGAAAAGCAUCAGGCACAAAUUGACCAUUACUAUGGACUGGUGAACAAGCAAAUCAAAGAUGUUUUGGGAAAGAUCCAGGCCAAGAUUCCCGGAUCAAAGCCAAAGACAGAGUGAAGAAAGUUAGCUAGUGUGUUAUUUCCGUGCACGAGAAGUGAUGGUGGAACAAGAGAAGAUGGACAGAAUCGUGUUUGGUUUGGAAAAAGGCCUUAGACGAUGCAAUGUAAACUUUACCCCCCCCUCCCCUCCAGUGUUUGAAUUGUUAGCGUAACUGAGAAUGAAAUCUUUUUUAAACCUCUUAUCAGUUUCUCUCACAAGCAGAGUCAUCACUCUUUCACAGUAGAUGUAGUUCUCCCUGUUUUGAAUUAAACGCAGCUACGUAACACCAUUACAGAAUGUAGUCUGAGGAACUGAUGUCGGCAAAAGCAGGAAUCGAUGAGGUUUUUCCAUUUACUAUUCGGUCAGUGAAGCGUUCAGCUUAUUUGAAGGCCAUUUUGAUUCAUUUCAGUAUGAUAAAGGGAGUGAAAUGUUUUGGUUACGAAGUUCCUUCACAAGAAGUCUUUUGUUUUUAGCUGUUUUUUUCCCUUUUCGUUUGUACUUGGCGUGCUCGAACACAGUGGUGUUGUGGUGUAACUGCAUUAAAGUUGACGCAAUUUAAUUGUGUUAGAGGUUAAGAGGCUUCUAGUCUUCUGUAGCAGAGUUUAAGAGCAGUUUUAUUUCUCACUUGUCUUCAAAGGGAUCUGUUAUGGCAUAUUGCACCCAACUAUUCAUUGUUUUUAGCCGUUUAGUUAAAAACAAAAAAGCAAACUAGAACGUCUGCUGUGUUGGCCUAUCACCUUCCUGUCAUGUCAAAAUCAACAACGUUUCCCGAAUUUGCCGUCUCCAUCGUGGAUCGAAUACCUGAAACGGCACACGCUCUAAAAACUCGCAAACUUCAAGCACUGUUUCUUCAUGCAGGUCAUUUGUAAAUGAUAAUUCAGUUUUGAUGAAAAUAUGCUGAAGACUGUCUGUGAAAUGCAUUGUGAAAAUAAGCCAAUAAAGUACCAAUAAAGCUUGUAGACAAACUA